AUGGUCACCUCAGGCCCGCAGGCGGAGCCUGAGCGAAACAAGUUAGUGAAACGACUUGGGGUGUUGACGAAGAAGAGAGGGAACAAGGAUAUUAAUGGGAAGACGCACAAGACGAGCCAGAGCCAUGAUGGACAUGUCACUCUCGAAACCCUGGGACGACAGGAGCAGCAGCCUCAACUGCAACGGCACAACUCAGCGCCCCAACCACGCCAAGCCGCACCACGACCACAGGUAUCAGAAGCCGGGGACCGGAACAUCGCAUCGCCAUCGCCAAUCACGACGGCCUCACAAGACCGCACAGCCAAUCUGAAACGGAAGCAUGACUUGGACAGAAUCGACGAGUUGGAUGAGAGCAACCUAUUUGGCAUCUCUCUACACCACGACGGCCCCUACGAAGGUAUCAAAGCUAUACUUGGUUCCUCUUCGCGCAUGCCACUAGGUUAUCAGAAUGACGGGCGCUUGUAUCAGUAUCACGAAAAGACCUUGAAGACAAGCGGGCAUCUAUACGAACUGCCCAAAGCCCCUGAUGGCGUUCCUUUGAACCUUGAACCCGGCCAACUCCUCCCUCGCAAUUUCAAGCGGGAACAACGCAAAGCGCCUCGUUUCCGAAACAUCGUCUCACCGCUCCCACCUCAGUCCGAGUCGACUGCUGCGCAGCCAUUCGCAUCUGAGCCCACCAUCCCUCCGAGACACCAGAACUACAACCAAAUCCCGUUCCAUAACAAUCCAGCGAAGAAUGGACGAAGGAAUCGUAACCCGGCUGCUGCGAACGAUAACCCACUGGAUGGGCCCCCUUUCGACCCCAUGUCGGUGAUAGGUCUGGCCAUGCUCAAAGAGGCCAGUGAAGACAGCCCCCCACCCGCCGCCCACGGAAAUCAUCAACGGGAGGAGGAGGAGGAAGAAGAGUGGGUAGAGGUGGCUGGUAGUGAAGUAAUACCAGUCGUGGAACCCACCCAGAUCGAAGAGCUCGAACCCGAGUUCGACCCUUACGACCCGAAAAGUCUCGAGCACCCUUCUGCAGCCCACCAGCCAACAAACGAUGAUGUUAACGACGAUUCGUUCAUGCCCCUCCCCCGUCUCAUCCCUAUGUCGGAGGACGAGUUCCACGCUCAUGGAGCUGGAGCCGUCAGGAACAACCAAUUCGACGGACUUCCGGCUGGUGUACAGACAGAGGACCUUACCCACCUACUCGAAUCACCGCAUGAAGACGCCUCCGCUGAUUCGUUAUCCCCACGACCCCGCCUACACGCUGGUGCAGGUUCUGAAGAAACACUGGUUCAAAGAGACGAGGAGCUCCCAGUUACGCCAGCGGCUGUCCCAGUUGCGGAGGCAGGUGUGCGAACUGACAUCACAACUGCCAAGGAGGACGAGCAUGCUCAACUCCACGUCGAGGACACCUCACCACCGAAACUAAAGGAUCUCGACCAGGAACGGAUCGGCGAAGCGAUACAGAUUCCCAUAUCAACUAGUCAACCACUGACGAACAGGGUCGAUAUUUUGCCUGACGAGGUUUCUGCGAAACCUGAAGUCGAUGACGUCGGUGUUGCAUCAACUCAGAUCCAUGCUUCUCGAGCAGCACGAUAUGAUAAACAGCUCCCACCUAAUCCCCCGAUUUCUCCAGAUAUCACUACGUUCCCUCCUGCGCAACGUCCCGAGCCUACUUACGUUCCUCCUCACCUUCGUUCUGGAAACACUGAAAGUCCGGUCGAUCGGCGACCUGCAGGGGUGCAGAAACCACUGCAAAGAAGUGACACCAUAUCGACUCGCCUAUCCUCAGGCAGCUACCAGUCCUAUUCCAGCAACAAGGCGGACGACGGCCAUUCAGCAGUGGUGCCCCAUAGCAAGCCAGCUGUAACCGCCCUCAUGUUGCUCAAGAAGAAGACGGAUCCGAAGAGGCAGCAACAGAUGAUCCCGCCGGCCUUUCCCUCGAUACCCACCCUCAUGCAUAACUUCGGCUCGGAAACAUUCGAUCGUUACCCUCAACCAGCGCAGCCUGCAUCUAAGAAACGACCGGCCCCUUCCAUACAAGAUUCCCGCUCGAACAUCAUCUAUGCAGCACGGUCGCAGAGUAGAGCCAGUGUCGCAAGUUCUUCGCGUUCACAACUUUCGCCAAUUCAGGAGGAUGACAAACCACUCGGUAAAUCACGCAAGGUCAACGUCGCUCCUUCUCAGUCGCCGAAUAGGUCCAAGUCCUCUCGUGUACCGUCCCACUCGAGCAACGUGCCCAGUGCACCGUACGGUUCGCACAUCCGCGUCGAAGUUGGACAGGUGUAUCCUCAACAUCUCUACCCACCUGGCACGAAGAUACAGCCUGUCGCUUAUCAGGUCCCCGCAAGCCUCAAGCCGGCUACGCAUGCGCCUAACCCCCAAAAUAGGACACCUUUGAUGCCUGCGUCUCAGAUGUCGUCUCUCACAUUCAACGGAGGACAGGUCCCACCACCAACUAAUCGAAGCCCUGGCAGUCAGGAAAUGGAAAAUGGCUCAGCCGUCUCGACCAAACCCAACCGUCAGCCCCCUGCGUAUAUGCCCACAAAUAGGGGAAAUGGGCAAAUCCCAGCACACCCGAAGGAGACUACGCCCCGUUCAUCGACCGAAUCAGAAGAGGAGCGACGACCUCUGCGAGUUGUGAACGCUGUUGAACCCACCUUCCAAGCUGGGCCAGACAAAGAGGAUAUGGAAGCUUAUGGAGGAAUCAAGUCACCUUCUCCUCAGCCGAACCCACCUUUCCCUCAACCACCCGAGCAAGAAAAUGCAAGGCAAGCUCGCCCGCCGAUGUCCCGACCCAGCGUUCCACCAUCGCAACAACAGCCACGUUAUUUUCCCGAUAAUGCGUCAUCUCUUCGCCCAGAAGACAGCGCAAGCAACCGUGCCAGAUCAAUCACAUCCUACGCCCCUUCUUCCAUGGCUCUUCGACCACCUCCCGUGCAUAGACAUCUGCCCAAGAAGCUCGUCAUGCCAACGCCUCUCCAACCCCAGUAUCAGAACAUGGUUCAGCAGCAGGCUGCCGCAGGAAAGCAGCUGUAUUCGGGGAUCUUCCGUCCUCGCCCUGAGCCAGUGCAACAUCCAUCAUCGGCACCAGGGGUCCCUGCUCCUCCCCAAUCGAUGUUAGCGAGUCGAGAGCCUUCACCGCCUAAUGUCCUUCUCCCUAUUCUUUCGCAAGAAUCAAAACUGGAUUCUACUUCCGCCGCCGGUCGUAAGCUGAAGAAAAGGAAUAGUUACAUUCCUCCCGUACCGCGACCCGGAGAGAUUGCUCCUUCAGAACCUCUGAGGUUCGAGCCUGUCAUCCUCCCUCCGGAACCCCCUCGUCCUAAGCCAGGCGCGAAAAGGCUGAGCAAGCGCCGAACAAACCUGUGA